AUGUCUGCGUCUUUCGGGUCCAACCACCAUGGUCUCCAGGUAGGGUACAAUUAUGGGUCGAUCGAGUUCCCCCCGCCGGAAAGACGGGAAACGCCGCCGAUUCCCUUCGCGACCAUCCCCUUCUCCCGCGACCCGGAUUUCGUCAACCGUGGAGACAUUCUCGAUCAAAUCGACGAGCGCUGUUCCGAGCUGUCCGGCCGUGUGGCCCUCGUGGGCCUGGGCGGUGUCGGCAAAUCGCAGUUGGCCAUUGAAUAUGCGUACCGGAUCGCCGCGGGGCAUCUUGACAGAUGGGUAUUUUGGGUCCACGCCGGCACGCAGGCGCGUGUCGAAGAGGGUUUCAGAAAGAUUGCCGACGACGUCAAGCUACCAGGCCGAAACCAGCCCGGGGCCGACAUCCCACAGCUUGUCUACGGCUGGCUGUCCAACGAGCGGAACGGCAGAUGGAUCAUAAUCCUUGACAGCGCCGACGACCGCAAUGUAUUCUACAGUAGCGACAACGUAUGCAACAGGAAACCAUUUGCAGACUUCCUACCACAGAGUCGAAACGGGUCGAUCAUCAUCACAACACGCAAUAAGGACCUGGCUUCCAGGCUGACCGGACGCCGCCAAAACAUCAUCGAGGUCGGACCGAUGGUGCAGAUGGACGCCCUCACGCUCCUGGAGAGGAAGCUGGGAUCAAUCCUGAAUACCGAUGCGGCAGCCAAGCUUGUACGCGCGCUCGACUUUAUUCCGCUAGCCAUCAGCCAGGCUGCCGCCUACAUACAGGCAAGGGCACCGCGAAGCUCUCUCGAGAAAUACCUUUCUGAGUGCCAGGAGUCUGAGCGCAAAAGGAGCAGGCUUUUAGAGCAUGAUGCUGGAGACCUACGUCGGGAUGGAGGCGCGUCGAACGCGAUUCUCACGACAUGGCAGAUAUCUUUUGACCAUAUUCGGUCUGAGCGGCCUUCUGCGGCGGAUCUCCUUUCGUUUAUGAGCUUUUUUGAUCGACAAGGCAUUCCGGAGUCGCUCCUCAAGUCCUCUAAGCAGACCAAAACCGCAACUCGAGCAAGUGGUUCCGAAGAUGCAGAAGACUCAGGAUCCGACAGCAGCGAUGACGAGAUGGACGGUCGGUUCGAAGACGAUGUGGCAAUAUUACGGGACUACGAUCUUAUCGUCGUGAAUGAGGCGGGGGACCAGUUUGAGAUGCAUGGGCUCGUGCAGCUGUCGAUGAGGAAGUGGCUGGAAACGUUUCGGCAGCAGGAGACGUUCAAGCAGCAGUUCAUCGAGCAAAUGGCAGCGUCAUUCCCGACAGGGGAGUACGAGAACUGGGUGAAGUGCUGGAGUCUCUUCGCGCACGUUCAAGUGGCCCUUGGUUACCAACCCAGCGAAGAGACAGUCGAAAUAUGGGCGACACUUUUGCAUAACGGGGGAUGGUAUGCAUGGUCGCAAGGGAGAUAUGAAGUUGCAGAGCAGAUGCUAGGCAAGGCGAGAAAUGUUCGCAAGAAAAAGUUGGGUGCAGAGAAUAUGGCGACUCUUGCAAGUAUAUCACUAUUUGCUCUGGUCCAAAUGGACCGCGGCCAGUGGGAGGAGGCCGAGAAGCUGUUUUGUGCAGGUGAUUGGAGACGAGCAAGACCAAGCUCGGGGCCGACCACACUUACCACGCUGACGAGCAUGGCCAACCUGGCAUCGACAUUUUGGAACCAGGGCCGGUGGGAGGAGGCCGAGAAGCUGGACGUGCAGGUGAUGGAGACUCGCAAGACCAAGCUCGGAGCCGACCACCCAGACACGCUGACGAGCAUGGCCAACCUGGCAUCGACAUUUUGGAACCAGGGCCGGUGGGAGGAGGCCGAGAAGCUGGAGGUGCAGGUGAUGGAGACUCGCAAGACCAAGCUCGGGGCCGACCACCCUUCCACGCUGACGAGCAUGGCCAACCUGGCAUCGACAUUUUGGAACCAGGGCCGGUGGGAGGAGGCCGAGAAGCUGUUUGUGCAGGUGAUGGAGACGAGCAAGACCAAGCUCGGGGCCGACCAUCCAAACACGCUGACGAGCAUGGCCAACCUGGCAUCGACAUUUUGGAACCAGGGCCGGUGGGAGGAGGCCGAGAAGCUGUUUGUGCAGGUGAUGGAGACUCGCAAGACCAAGCUCGGAGCCGACCACCCAGACACGCUGACGAGCAUGGCCAACCUGGCAUCGACAUUUUGGAACCAGGGCCGGUGGGAGGAGGCCGAGAAGCUGUUUGUGCAGGUGAUGGAGACUCGCAAGACCAAGCUCGGGGCCGACCACCCUUCCACGCUGACGAGCAUGAACAACCUUGCGUUUACUUGGAAAGGUCAAGGUCGACACACAGAUGCUUUGGCAUUGAUAGAGGACUGUGCUCAGGCUCAGCAGCGAAUCCUUGGCGCAGACCAUCCAUACACUCGGUCGUCCUUGGCCACUGUAGCCAAGUGGAGUAGCUAG